UGCAAGAAAGAAGCGGGACCGCGUGACAAAGCGCUAGCUACUCCCACAGCAUAUCAAAUUAUAAAAUUAAAAUCACAUAAUGUUAUUCCGUUAUGUGCAGCAGUCGGAGCCACACGACGACGACUUGAAACAGUCUCCUUGUCUCCUUCGCGGUUAAUUGUGCAAGAGGGCAAUUUUCUCAUUGUUUCAGAAGCGAGGGCACAAAUCUGUUGCUCUCAGCUGACAUAUUUUCCUCGAUCGGGGUCCGUUGCAGACGACAGAAAUCUCUCGGAUUAGCAGAUUAGAUUUGAGCAGUGUUUUUGCGGCUUUUUGGCAGAGAGGAUGUCGCUGAAAAUCCCGGCGCUCGUUGCAGCAGUUUGCCUGCUGGCCGGCUCGUCUCGGGCCGACGACCCACCCCGCUUGGCUUGUGAACCGGGCGACCCGCAACCCCCGUCCAGGGUCAACACGACUGAGAGGGUGGCGGCGCUGCGCCAACUCAUGCAGGCGCAAGCCAUAUCGGCUUACAUUGUUCUGACGAACGACGACCACCAAAGCGAGUAUGUGGCGGAUUACGACGACCGUCGCACAUUCAUCACCGGCUUUUCCGGGAGCAGUGGCUGGGCAGUGGUGACGAAAAACGAUUCAGCCCUGUGGACGGACUCGCGCUAUUUCCUGCAAGCGGACCAACAACUCGACUGCGACUGGAAACUCAUGCGCAGCGGAAAUCCUGGCGUACCAAGCAUGCCGCAAUGGCUGAUCGAUAAUUUGGCCCAGGGCGAAAUCGUCAGCGCCGAUCCGAAAACCGUCUCUCAGGCCGAAUGGAUUAGCUGGGUUAAGGAAUUUGAGCCGAAAGGGAUCACGCUUCAAGGGCAAAGUGGACCGAACCUGGUGGACGUGGUUUGGGGGGCGGAGCGGCCACCGUACCCUGACACCCCGGCUCAGGUACUGAACGAGGACCUUUACGCCGGCGAGACCUGGCGCUCGAAGGUGUCGCGCGUGGCCACUCAGGUGCAGGCCGGCGGCGGCCAGGCGCUCGUGGUGGCCGCCCUGGACGAGGUGGCCUGGCUGCUCAACAUCCGCGGCGCCGACGUGCCCUACACGCCCGUAAUCAGGGCCUACCUGACGCUGGAGCUGAUCGAAAACCAGCCAUCGAAGGUCACCCUUUACGCAUCCGAGUCGAAAUUUACGCCGGAAGUGCGUCUCCACCUGGCCGAAGGGCAGCCAGAAGGCGUGAUAAUUAAGGAGUACGAACUCGUCUGGGACGACCUGACCGACCUCGCCGCCAGAGUGCGAAAAAUCGUCCUGCCAGGGAAAUUCAGCUACAACCCUGGCGUCAGUCACGCCGUGUACGACAAGGUUUCGAGUGGCGAAGUGAUCGAGGUAACCGCGCCGAUUUCCGUGAUGAAAGACAUGAAAAACGCGGUGGAAGCGGACGGCAUGCGAAAGGCGAACCUGCGGGACUCUGCGGCUCUGAUCAAGUUGCUCUCAAAGCUGGAGGCAGGGGUGGUGGCCGGCGAGGCGUGGGACGAGUUGCGUGCGUCGGCCGAAGCGGACGCGAUCAGGACGAGCAUGCCCCUCAGCCAGGGGCCCAGUUUCGAAAGCAUCUCGGCCAGCGGGGUCAACUCGGCCCUGCCGCACUACGCGCCCACCGAGGCCACCAACGCGCCAAUCAACACCACCGCCGUCUACACCCUCGACUCCGGCGGACAUUAUUUAGACGGAACGACGGACGUGACCCGCACGCUCUACUUCGGCGAGCCGCAGCCCAUUCACAAGGAAGUGUACACGCGUUUGCUGGCCGGAUGCAUCGACGUCGCGACGGCCGUGUUCCCGGCCGGCACGCCGCUGUCGGGUCUGGAAAUCCUGAUUCGUGGGACUCUGUACAAAGGCGGCUUCGACUACGGACACGGCAGCACGCACGGGAUCGGCCACUUCCUCGGCGUCCACGAAGCCUUCAACACGAAGCUGGUGGAAAACUUUUUCGGCUCGCAGGAGCCUGGCUUUUACAUCGACAACGAGUGGGGCAUGCGGCUCGAAAACAUCGUCACCGUGGAAAGGAUUAAUUUCACGUCUCCGUACGCGGUGAAUAAAACGUUCUUGCAAUUCGAUCCGGUCACUUUGGUGCCCUACGAGGUCAAAUUGAUUGAUCGAGCCCUGCUGAGCGCUGAGCAGAUUGAUUGGCUAAACUUGUACCACGCGAGAGUGCAGGCGCAAGUUGCGCCCUUCCUGCAAGACGACCCGUUGGCCUUGGCGUGGAUGCAGGAACGCACCAAGCCUGUCGCGCGAAAAUUAUCUUUGUAAGUUCCUUUUAAAUUUAUUUGCUGGUUUUUAUUUGUCCAGGAAUAAAAUUAAAAUAAUGGUUAUGUACAAAAUGA